AUGGUGUUGGGUCCCUUUAACUUAAACAAAAUGGACUACGUUUUUAUAACGUUGCUGCUUGGAAGUUUUGCUUUAUCAGUAAACUGCUGUACAAGUCCAUUUGCGGGAGAUCAGUGCCAAUACGAGUAUAAACUUUACAAAAGCAGUAAUAAAAUAAACAGAGUAGAAGCAAUUUCCCUCUGUUUAUCAGAAUUUGGUGGUGUUCUUGCUAAAGUGGACAGCGCAGUUGACAGCGCAUCUCUGAAGGUGAUCUUUGAUGCAAAUAGUAUGGGUUCUAGAAAGGUUUGGAUUGGUGCGGAACUGACAUCAGGAGGCAGCUGGGGCCAAUGGUAUCAUGAUGGAUCUCCGUUAACUUGGACUAAUUGGGUAUCGUCCCCUGGUAGCAAAGACAAAGUUUAUUUGGAGGCGCACACCAUGGAAUGGAGCGACGAGAGCUCCAAUUACAAUGUCAAUGAUGUGGCAUGUAUGAUAGUUUGUGAUGAAACAACAACUGUACAAACAACUGAGCCAACAACUGUACAAACAACCGAGCCAACUACUGUACUGACAACUGAAGCAACGACCGUGCAGCCUUGUGACCAAUCACAGCUAGAUACUCUGUCAUAUGCUUUAAAGAUGGAAAAUAAAGCGGUGAAUAAUCUCGCAAACGCCUUUAUUGGAAAAUUCACCACUCGGUCAAAGUUGGAAUGUGCCACGAAAUGUUUGAAAGUUCCAAGUUGUAGCUGCCAUGCUUUUAUAUUUAACAAAUCUGAUAAAUCGUGCACAUUGUUAGAGUCGAAGAUUCCAUUGAGUGAUUUUGUUGUUGACGUUCAAAGUGUUUCUUAUUAUGAAAUAAACGGUUUGUAAAAAGACAAUCAAAAUAACAAUUGCCGACUGCAAAUGCUAUUUAAAGCCUCGGUCAUAUUUGCUACGGCGACCGCACGGCCUGUUAUUUCUACGCCCACUAUAACAAUCCUGCGGUUGCCCUAGAUUUCUGCUGUCAAUUACUUACGCAGUCACAUUUGAUAUGACAGUCGAAAGGCGUAUUUGGUUUUGGGGAGACAAAACAACUAUGGUUGCCGCACGGCCUUUUAGAUUAUAUAUGACACAUG